AUGGCGUCUUUUGCUCCAAUCUCUCAAUCCCAGUCUCUAUUUAACAAGCCCCGAGCUGGGUUUAUUUUGCCUUCUCGCUCAGCUGCUGUUUCCCAUAUCGAAUCAUCCGGGUUUGUCUCCAGAACGGCGUCAGUUCAGUUUCGUGUCCCUGGUUAUAUGAUGUUCGAUAAAAUGCCCCAGAGAGCUGUUGUGGUGGCGGCUACGACCGCGGAGAAGCAGAAGAAGAGGUACCCUGGAGAGGCGAAGGGGUUUGUGGAGGAGAUGAGGUUCGUGGCGAUGAAGCUGCACACGAGGGAGCAGGCGAAAGAAGGGGAGAAGGAAGUUAAGAAGCCCGAAGAGCAGGCCAUCCCCAAAUGGGAGCCUUCCGUUGAUGGGUACUUGAGGUUCUUAGUAGAUAGCAAGUUGGUUUACGAUACUCUUGAAGCAAUCGUCGACAGCGCGCCUCAUUCUAUCUAUGCCGAGUUUAAGAACACAGGGUUGGAAAGAUCUGUAAGUUUGGCUAAAGAUCUGGAAUGGUUCAAAGAGCAAGGCUAUACCAUUCCUGAACCUUCUUCUCCUGGAGUUACUUACUCUGAAUAUCUCAAGGAACUGGCAGAUAACGAUCCUCAGGCGUUCAUUUGCCACUUCUACAACAUAUACUUUGCCCACAGUGCUGGUGGUAGGAUGAUUGGGAGGAAGGUGGCUGAAAAGAUUCUCGACAAUAAAGAGUUGGAAUUUUACAAAUGGGAAGGCGAUCUUUCACAGAUUCUGCAGAAUGUCAGGGAGAAGUUGAAUGAAGUUGCCGAGAACUGGAGCAGAGAAGAGAAGAACCAUUGUUUGGAAGAAACUGAGAAGUCUUUCAAGCAUUCAGGGGAGAUCCUCCGUCUAGUACUAUCAUCAGAAGAAAGAACUAUGAAGCCACUCCAGAUUAUACAUCUAGCCCUCCUCUUCUACUUUCUCUCCAUAACCAUCCCAAAUGUCAGGUCUGCAACCCUCCAACCACAGCUUCAGCUCAUCCAUGGCUUCAAGCCCAAGUCAACUGAUAUCCAGGCUAAGGCAGCUGCAAGGAGCUGUCCGUACACAGUAAUCAUAGAGACCAGCUGCGCAUCUACUUCUUUCACCAGAGACCAAAUCAGCCUGGCCUUUGGCGACUCUCAUGGCAACGAGGUUUAUGCAAAGAGGCUAGAUGACCCAAAAUCAGGGACGUUUGAGAGGUGCUCCAAGGACACUUUCAAGAUCACGGGGCCAUGUGUAGAGGAGGUUUGCUAUCUCUACAUGCUUAGGAAAGGAUCCGACGGCUGGAAACCUGGGAGUGUGAAGGUCUACGGUCCUUACAUUAGGACAGUGGACUUGGAUUUCGAUGUGUUUCUGCCAAAUGGGGUGUGGUAUGGAUUCAAUCUCUGUAAUUCUGCUGUUGUUGAUGAAUCUCUCUCGGCCGACAUGUGA